UCGGUUUUCAGUUGAAUGUGCGCGCUCUGACGGGCAGGUACGAACACCUGCAUCGCCGAUACUUCGGAAAAUUGUAAACAUUCGAACAAAAUAAACAUGACCUCGUAGUAAACAUCGAGAUCCAUUCAAAGUGUGGGUGACAUCCUUGCGUAAUAUCUCGACUCUAACCAAAUGUGAAGUGUUGUUCUGCAUUGUGAUAUAAUCUGGUGAUAUCAAGUGAUAAGUGUCAUCCAGCAAGCCGUUUGUUUCUACAAGCAAGCCCCAUCGGACCUCCGGUGACGACGCCUUUAGGACCCCCUAUAACAACCCCGAUCGAGGAAGACAGUUUGAGGAAAUUGAAGAAGCACGAGAUGGCAGACAGAGCGGGCGGUGGUGGCCAGAGGCCUGUUGGAAUUUUGAAGAAAUCCAGAGCCCAAGGAAUGGAGAUUCAGCAGCAAGCGACUGAUGAAAGAAGGAUGUACACGGAAGUUUUGGGAAGGAGUUCGGAGACGACGAAAAUUUCAAGGAGGGAUCCAAGUGGCGGAAGACGUUUGACAACUUGUGUUGUAAGGAAAGUCACCACCGUGACGCGCGGUGAAGAACGGAUAAGAGAACCGGAACAGAGAGCGUUGGCUCAACCAAAACGUAUCAAGAUAUCGGACAUAGUCGUCGGCCAGGAGGACAAUUUGACGGCACGCGAGGCCCUGUUGAGGUGGGCCCGGCGAUCGACCGCGCGCUACCCCGGAGUCCGCGUCAACGACUUCACGACCUCGUGGAGGGACGGAAUGGCUUUCAAUGCGAUCAUACACCGGAACAGACCAGACCUCAUCAACUGGCGGGAAGUCAGGUCUCAUCAUGUGCGCGAACGUCUUGAAUCAGCCUUCCACAUUGUCGAACGAGAAUACGGCGUUACAAAAUUACUUGAUCCUGAAGAUGUCGACACCCAUGAGCCUGACGAGAAAUCUUUGAUUACCUAUAUUAGUUCUUUGUACGAUGUUUUCCCGGAACCACCUGCCAUGCAUCCGCUCUACGAUAUCGAGAGCCAAAAACGAACCCAAGAAUAUUGCGAACUGGCUUCCAGUCUUUUGAUCUGGAUGAGAGAAAAGACCAGUUACAUGCAGGACCGUUCGUUCUCGGUUAGUCUCAUUGAAUUGAAGAAACUUUUGCAAGAAUGUCACAGGUUUAAAAACGAAGAAGUACCUCCGAGAUAUAGAGACAAACAACAUCUUGGUUCCAUGUUUAGAGAAUUACAGAAAUACUUCGAAUCUAUCGGCGAAGUAGAGAUAGAUCACGAGUUGCAACCAGAAGGAUUAGAAAGGCACUGGCAUCGCCUGAUGAUGGCGCAUCAGGACCGAAUGUCGGCCUUGGAAUCAGAAGUGCACAGGCUCGAGCGUUUGCAACGGUUAGCCGAGAAAUUACACCGUGAAAUUAAGCAAACCGACCAUUCCUUAACGGAUUUGGAAAUUCGCAUAGAAGAAGAAUCGCACCGAUUUGAAAGAUUGAACCCGAACGAUGCGCGCACCCUGGUGGACUCGAUGGACUCCGAAAUUCGAGUCCUGGAGAGCACCCUGCAGAGCAUGGAGCACGAUUGCCUGACACUAAAAGACGGCAAAUACGCACAAGCCAACGAACUACAUAAACGAGUAUUGAAACUUCAUCAACGAUGGUCGAAUUUACGAUCUAUAUUUGUUACGAAAAUGGUGAACAAAUUAUCAGGAAUGCAAUACCAUACUGUUACCAGACAGACAAGGGUCAUGGCUGAGCCCAAAAAGGUUGACAACACACCAGCAUUCAAGGAUAUUCAGGAACACAUUGACUGGUGCAAAUCUAAAUUGAAACAAAUAUUGGAGGCCGAUUACGGAAGCGACUUGCCAUCCGUUAAAUCUGAAAUUAAUAGGCAACAAAAAGAACAUACACAAAUCGAUCAAUAUCAUUCACAUAUUGCUCAUUCAGAAAGAAUAAGAACCCAAUUCCAAGGCGAAGAGCUGAAUGCAUAUACCCAAAAACUAAGUCAACUGCAAAAACUUUACGCCGAAUUACUUAGCACAUCUAAUAAAAGAUUGUCUGACCUAGAUUCACUCCAAGAUUUCCUAUUGGCAGCUACAGGUGAACUUUCCUGGUUAAAUGACAAAGAACAAAUCGAAUUGUCCAGAGAUUGGGCAGAUAAAAAUUUAGAUUUACCAGCUGUUGGCAGAUAUUAUGAGAAUUUGAUGUCAGAAUUGGAAAAGCGCGAAAUUCAAUUCUCAAGUGUUUUGGAUCGUGGUGAAGCCCUUAUUGUACAAGGUCAUCCUGCAGUAAAAUGCAUUGAAUCACAUUUACAGGCGCUGCAAAGUCAAUGGGCAUGGUUAUUACAACUAACUCUUUGUCUUGAGGUGCAUCUUAAACAUUGCACAGACUAUCAUAAUUAUUAUAAAGAUUUAAAAGAAGCCGAGCAAUGGAUGACAAAGCGUGAUGAAAUUUUGAACACCACAUAUUCACAAUCAGACUUCUCAUUGGAUCAAGGUGAAUCUUUGCUGAAAGGAAUGCAAAGCCUCCGGGAAGAUUUGAAUGCCUUUAAUGAACAGUUACAACUCUUGUGCGAUAAAGCUAACACAAUUGUUCCUCUCAAACAGAGAAAAAUGCCAGUCACCAGACCGUUGCCUGUUCAAGCCAUUUGUGCUUAUAAAAAGAAUGAUGUGGUUAUUGAAAAAGGCGAUUCCUGUACUCUAUAUGAUAACUCUGGUAGAGUAAAAUGGCGUGUGAAAUCUCCUAGAGGACACGAAGGUCUAGUUCCAGGAGCUACCCUGUUUAUUGCUCCACCCGAUAAGGAAGCCCUGGAGGCAGCUGAACGCUUACGUAGAUUGUUUGACCGAACUGUUGCUUUGUGGCAACGGAAACAACUGCGAUUAAGACAAAACAUGAUCUUUGCCACAAUCAAAGUUGUCAAGGGUUGGGAUUUAGAACAGUUUAUUGCAAUGGGUGCCGACCAGCGCACAGCAAUCAGGAAAGCCCUGAAUGAAGAUGCAAAUAAAUUGCUAUCCGAAGGUGAUCCAGCUGAUCCUCAAUUGCGCAGAUUGCGUCGCGAAAUGGAUGAAGUUAAUAGACUUUUUGAUGAAUUUGAGAAGAGAGCUCGUGCUGAAGAGGAGUCCAAACAAGCGGGACGUUUGUUCUCGGAGCAAUGCACGACUUUGCACAAUAACUUGCUGGAUAUUCAGAGAGAAUUGCACAAUCUUACUUCGCAACCAUUACCCAGAGAUCUGGAUACUUUGGAGCAUUGCAUCAUGGUGCAUCAGGAUAUAACUCGACAUUUAACCAAACUUGAACCUGAUCUGAAGGCUUUGCAAACUACAUUCCGCAACAUCGCAUUAAAAACACCGAACAUGAAAAAGAAUCUGGACCGUGUCCAGGAAUUAUGGAAAGACAUCAACACCGAAUCCAACUCUUACGCCGAUCAAAUGAAAUACUUAGAAGCCGUUUUAGUCGGCCUGGAUGAAAAUGAGCAAAACAUUUCCGACAUUGAGAUCAAAUUAGCGCGAUAUCACACAAUGCCUAAUACUUUAGAUGGUGUGCAGAAGGUUCAUAAAGAACUAUCGAAUCUUCAAGAUGUCAUUGCUCAACAACAGUCAAAUAUGGAUAAGUUGAAUGAUGAUUUAGAUACCUGCACCAGGUGCAUUGAGAGGGCUAGGAAGGUUACGGGUCCACAUACCGAUUUAGACAGACUAAACCAGGCCGUUGAACGAUUAAAUAAGAGAUGGACAGAAAUAUGCAAAUUACUUGUAGAUAGAUUGCAAAGUUGUGAAGCAGCCCAUGGACUUCUGAGCAACUUGACCACCGCGAUUGAAGUAGAGGAAAAUUGGCUGGAGAGUCAAGUUGUUCCUAGAGAUGAUGUAGACGCUGCCAAAACUAAACUCAAGAGUGCUAUAGAACGAAUUCCAAAAUUGGAUCAAGCCAACUUGAAUGGAGCAAGAUUCCUUAAAGAGGCAAAGAUCUACGAGUCCAGAGCUCUGCGUUACCUCGAUUACCUUGGUGAGCUGAGACCUUCCCUGAACCUGCCUCGAGAUGAAGAAGUCGGCGUUGUGCAGGGCGAGAGGUUGUCCCAGAGACUGGACAGAUUGAAUAAUGAUUUCCAGAGAUACGUGCAGGCUCUGAUGGCGGUUACUGCCGGCGAUCGGGAGGCUUUGAGGUUGCACGAAACUCUAUUGGCACAUCCACCGCAUACCUAUCGUGCAGAAUUUAAUUUGCCUGAAGAUAAUUCGCAAUAUAGUUCCAACUACAGUCAUUCAUACUAUACCACACGUAAAACAACGACCCACAUAACAAAUUCCCGCGAUUCCUUGGACACGGCGCAUCGUGGCACGGCAUGGAUAAGCCCGGAGCAGGAACCCGAGAGCAGCGUUCGCUUCACGGAAAUCAGGAGUCAGAAGCGAUCUCCGGACGACAAUCAAUGGAUUCACACCGGAUUGGAAAAUGGCAACAGGCCGUACGAUGGAGCAAAGGUAACAGUCAGCAUCAACAAGCAACCGGUCAAUAUCAGUAUGACGGAGGCGAUUGAAAGAAACUUGGUCGAUACGUCAGCAUCUGGCACCGUCAUCAGAAUCAAACCAGAUCCUAUGUGUCUGAGCGAUGCCAUAGAACACGGUUUAGUAGAUGACAGCGGUUGGGUGAUGGAUCGGAACUCUGGGGAUAGAUUUAGACUGGACGUCGCCUUGAACAAUGGUCUAAUUGAUGCCCAAGUGCGAGAAAUUGUUGACGCGCGUAAUGAUAAUAAAAUCACGGUGAAUGAAGCUAUUAAAAACGGUAUAUUAAAUGCUAAAUCAGGUAAAUAUUCUCAAAAUUCCACAAACGAAAAGAUGAGCUUUAGAGAGGCCAAGCGUAGGCAUUUGAUUAAGAAGCCUAUGACUCUGAAAGAUGUUGUUGAUUUGGAUUUGAUUGAUUCUAACGGUAAAAUUAGUUCUCCUAUGAAUAAAACAAAAUUAAGUAUAGUUGAAUCGAUUUCCCGCGCGGUUUUAGACGGAGAUUCAGUUAAAUCUAUUACAGAUACCCGCGACGAUAGUUUGUUGACUUUAUGCGAUUCCAUGACAGUUGGUAUAAUUUUACCAGAAGGUAAAUAUAAGAAUGCCGUAACAGGUGAGAUAUGCACAAUUCCCGAAGCUGUAGAUCGCGGUCUGAUUACUUCAGUAUCACAACGGUCAAUAUUCGACAUAGAUGGUUUUAAAUGUCCAAAAACAGGUGAUACAGUUAGCCUUAAUGUUGCCUUAAGUAAAAGUAUUAUCCGUCCAGUGUCAGGCGAGUUUCAGUUAGAUGUCGGUAAUGGCAAAUUUGUAAAAUUAGAUGACGGCAUUGAAAAGGGCGUUGUUAGGCCAGAGGUUUUAGAGAUGUUAAAUAGGAAAAUUGGUGUUUUUGAUAAAGAUCGCGAAUUGACUGUUUUAGACUUAGUUUAUUAUAAAUAUAUUGAUCCCCGAUCAGGUAAUCUCUUAGAUAGAAAUACGAGACAAGUUAUUCCUUUAGAUACAGCAAUUGAAAUUGGCCUCAUUACGCCAGAGGGUGCUCUCUUAUUAACUAGUUUAUUAAAUAUAACGCUGACUACACAAACAGUUACGAAAACUGUUAAGAGAUACGUUACUAUUUCAAAUACCGAUGUUCAUCGAUCCGAGUUGAGAAUGACUUUCACAGAAGCAGUGAGAUUAGGUUUGAUCGAUGAAUCUACGCAGACGUAUACAGAUCCCGAUUCAGGUAAAACAGUUUCAGUACAACAAGCGCUAAUUGACGGAAGAAUUGCACCAGAUACAGAAGCCUUACCGCGAGCCACGCAGUAUAUGGAAGUGGAUUCAUACCCAAUGAAUACUAGUCAAACAACCAGCACGAGCCAUCAAAGCAAAACAACAGUGACAAAAUUCUAUACUUCAGAAAUGAAAACAGGUACUUCGGAGAAACAAAUCUUAGAAAUGCCAAAUGAAGGUUGGGCCCUUUCAGAUGCAAUAGAUUCAAAGAUGUUUGACCCUGUUACUGGUUUAUUUACGAUUCCUGGAACUGAUAGAUUAGUCAGUUUUGAAGAGUGUGUUAAAUUACAAAUUAUCAAUCCAACAUCGGCUGUUGUUGUCGAUUUACAUAAUAAUAGAAACACUUCUUUAGUUCGCAGUUUAGACAAAGGUAUACUAGAUUCCACUGGGCAUUACAUUCAAUCUGGAAAGCCUUCUAUAACAAUGAAAGAAGCGAUUGCUAAAAAAUAUAUUAUAUUUAAAAAUAGCUCAGGAAAUUACGAUACACCAAAUCAAAGAUUAAUACAAAUUACGAAAGUUGCGGGUGAACCCGAUAAAGUAGAAGUUUCAAAUUUAUCGAAAAAUCAACCAUUAUCAUUUGUACAAAUUCAAAGUUCUGAUGCAGAAAUGACAUCUCUAGAACCGCUUCAGGUAUCGAAUACGAAUAUGAUUUAUGAUCCUUCUAAAGUUUUGAUAAUAUCUCCAGAAACUGGAAAAUCGGAGAACUUACUAGUGGCUAUUCAGAAAGGCAGUUUGGCUCCAGAAUCUGUAAGAAUAAAGGACCCCGUUACAGGUAAAGAAAUGGACAUAAAGGAAGGAAUGAGGAAAGGAAUUGUUGAUAAAGAAACUGGUGAAUACAAAGAUAAAAAUGGACGAAAAAUUAGCUUUGCAGAUGCAGCUAAGUUUGGAGUUCUGGCGGUUGUCGGUGCACCUUUACUAGCUGCAAAUAGCGCUCUAAAAUCACUUAAAACUAUAAUAGAUCCAAAGACAGGUCAACAAGUACCUUUGGAAGAAGCGCACAAACGUGGUAUUGUUGGAAGUGAAAUUAUUAAAGCUCAUGAUGCUGUUACUAAAGAUAAAAAAGCACCUGCUAAAUUUAUAGAACCUAUGGAGGUAGAUGUUGGUGCACCAAAAACUGAAAAAACAACCACAUCAAAGCCUGCUAUUACUUUGAUGACUACCACAAGCAUUAGCUUAGAUGAUGCAAGUGAACCAAGCCAAGCACAAAAAACUAGAGAUAGGGUUAUCAUUGAACCUAAAUAUCAAGUUUCUAUCGGAAAAGCACGAUCAUUAACGCAGAACAUGGAUUUGGAGGCAAAACCAGUGGUUCUACAAAAAAUGAGGAAGAAAAUUGUUCGUCCUAGUGAGGCUGUUGAAACAGGUUUAAUGGAUGAAGCAACCGCUAACAUUUUAGAAAGUCGAGAAGUUUUCCUAGCACCAAAUGGUGAAAUGUUGACAUUGGGCGAAGCUGUGACUUUGAACAAUUUAGAUGGGAAUAAGGGUUUUAUUGUGGAUCCCCAACGCGGAGAUAUUUUGAAUAUAAAUCAAGCAAUGGAUCGGGGCAUUUUAGACCCAGAAGGAACAAAUCAACUAUUAGUACCUUUAGCUAAAAGUCUAUCUGUAACACAAUUAAAGGAUCAGGGAUUGAUAGAAAAAGAUAAUAAUAAAAUAAUUCAUCCUGAAACAGGAGAUUCUAUAACUUUAGGCGAAGCUAUAAUAUGCGAAAUAGUUGAUCCUUUAUCCAAAGUUAACGAAUCUUCUGGUGAAAAAUUAACAUUACAGGAUGCAAUUGGUAAAGGUAUUAUUGAUGAAGAUAAAUCAUUGGUCAAAAUUUCAGAAGGUGAGGUUGGUUUAUUGCAUGCUAUUGACAAAAAAGUCUUCGAAGAACCAAGCAAAUCUGAAAAUUGCUCUAUACCAUUAGCAGGUAUGACAUUCCCGGUUGCAGUUAAACGGGGUUUAGUUGAUUCGAAAACUAAACAAAUAGUGCAUCCAAUUACUGGGGAUAAAAUACCUGUGAGUAAAGCAAUCGAAAAAGAAUUCAUAAUGGCUUUACCGUAUCCUCCUACGCCUGAUAGCAUGGAUGUUAACGAAGCAUUAAACAAGAACUUGGUCGACUCGCAAAACGGUACAUAUACUCAUCCCAAAACUGGCAAGGUGAUGCCUAUCACGGAGGCAGUUGAAUCUGGCCAUUUGAUAAUUAAAGAAUUACCUGAAAUAGCGUUCCAAACGACGGGCGCAGUAACGACUGUAACAGAAACGGUAACAUCAUAUCACACCAUAACAACCAAAAUGAUCGAAUUAUUAACUGGAUAUACACUUGUGUCUGCAAAUGAAGUGCGGGACUUAAAUUCUGGAGAAACUAUGACUGUAGAUGAAGCUAAAAAACGAGGAAUUAUUAAGGACGAAUCACAAAAGCAAGAAAGGUUUGCAACUCGUGAAAUCAAAGUUAACUUCUCGGAUGCUGUGCGCAGAGGUCUUGUGGAUAUGGAAGCAGGCACAUACACCGAUCCAACAACUGGAACUAUAAUACCAAUUGCGAAAGCAGUCAGUGAAGGAAUUCUCGAUACAUCUGAGCAUCAACCAAUUACAGUUGGAAAUACUGAAAUCAAUACAGAAUACAAUAAAACUGAAAAUAUGACAAUAAUGGAAGCUUUUGAUAGCAUAUAUGAUCAAGAAAGCAAGAUGUACAAAGAUCCAAAUGACCCGUCUAAAUUAAUUAGUUUUAGUGAUGCACUUAAACAAAAUAUUGUUGAUCCGAAAUCCAUUGUUUAUGACGUGACAACCGGAAAGUCGCACACAGUUCAAGAAAGUCUAGAAAGAGGCUUGAUAAAUCCAAAGACAGGAGAAAUUAAAGAUCCUAAAUCCGGAUCACAAAUCAAUAUAAAAGAAGCUGCCAAAAUGGGUUUGUUAGCUGUGGUUGCUAGUCCUGUACUAGCUGGAAUGGCCAUAGCUAAUACUAUCAAAAAAGUUACAACAAAAGUCAAUGAGUCGAAAGAAAGUAAGCCGAACGUGCAGACUGUCACAAAAACUGAAAGUAUUCCAACAAUAUCUAGAAGGGAUAGUCCUUCUAUAGUCAUACAUGGUACAGAUGGAGCUGAACUACCUGAUCAAGAAGAUUCUCAUAACGUGUCUACAUCUGCUGAUGUUAAGCAAAUAAUAUUCGAAAGGUUAACUAUUGCAGAUGCUAUUGCCCAGAAAAAAAUAGAACCUAAAAUAUGCAGAAUUCUCGUUAAAGGUCAAGAAAUGCCCUUUACUGUUCAAGAUGCUUUGGACCAAAACAGGGUCGACCCCCGAGAUUCAAUAGAUUUAAUUAUGAAAAAUGCUGUAUCGCUAGUUGAUGAGAAACCAAUUACAACCCUUGUCAUUAAUACUUCAUUAACUCCAGAAAUUUUGUCUAAAUUUGGCAUAUAUGACAUUAAACGGGGCUGCUUUACUGAUCCCGAUACCGGUGAUAAAAUAACAUUCCAAGAUGUAAUUUAUGGUUUAGAUAUAUUUGAUCCCGAAAAAAUAUUUGUUAAAGAUUUAAGUGCACCUGUUGAAACAUUCGAACCUUUAGAAUACGCUUUAGAAAAUCCUUUGAUCGAUAAAAAUUCAGGUCAUAUGGUUGACAGGAAAACUGGGAAAAUAAUACCAUUUUUCGAAUGUGUCAGACGUGGAUGGAUAACACAGCAGUAUCCUUUAUACAUUAAAAGUAUUACUUUACAAGAGGCACUGGAGAACAACAGGUAUGAUCAUGAAACUGGAGAAAUAAUUGAUAACUUUGGUAAUAGAUACAGUAUUACUGAGUGUAUUAGAUCAGGUUUGCUAGAUCCAGAAUCAGUAACAAUAAGAGUACCUGGUACAAAUGAGUACAUCUCUUUAAUUGAGGCAAUUGAAAGAGGAAUUGUUGACCUACAGCGCGGAGUGAUAGUUAAUAGGGAAUUGAGAAUUGAAAUAGAAUUGAGUAAAGCUUUCCUAGAAGGAUAUAUAAUAUCGAUGUACAGAAGACCAGUAGCGUUGAAAGCCGUAGUUGAAUCAAAUUUAUAUGAUCGCGCUAGUGGAAAAAUUCUUGAUGAAUUCACUAAUCAAUUUAUUGAUGUCCCAGAUUCUAUUCAUCGUAAAAUUGUUGAUUCUACUAUCACUGAUAUAAAAGAUACUUCAAAUGAUCAAGUUGUGCCUUUAGAACAAGCAUUACAUUUAGGAAUAAUAGAUCCUAAGUCUGGAAAAUUGAAUGAUGUCAGAAAUAGGCGUUUAAUACCUCUUAAUGAGGCCGCAGAACGUAAUUUAAUAUUAACUAAACCUGUUAAGUGGAACCUAGUCGAAGCAAUUACAACUGGAAAUUAUUUACCUCAAAAUGGUACAAUCUUAAACCCCGAAACUGGUAAAUUUAUAACUUUAGAAGACGCAAUUAGAUGUGGUUUAAUAGAAAUGACAACAGUACUCGUGAAAAAUGACAGAGAAGAUAAAAUGUUAUCAGGGGAGGAAGCAAUAAAAACUGGCUUGCUUGAUACACAAAAUGGGGUUCUAGUAAAUCCUGAUAUGCCUUUGGAUAUAGCCUAUGCUAAAGGAUACUUAAUGAGUUCUAAGAAACCAAUAACUUUACAAGAAUCAUUAGUGCAAAUGCUUUAUGAUCCAGCAACAGGCUUAUUUAAAAUUAACGGUAGUCAUUUAACACUGGAAGAAGCUAUACAAAUGGGUGAAAUAAAUCAAAAUGAAAUGACCGUAAAAGAUCCCAGGUCUGGUAAUAUUAUGUCCCUCCGGGAUGCAAUUAUUUUCGGAUUAAUUGAUCCUAAAACGGGUAUGGCUAUUGAUCCUUCGACGAAUCAAAAAAUUACGCUAAGUGACGCUUUAGAUAUAGGUUUCAUCGUUCCUGCCAAACGAAAGUAUAGUCUUCCAGAAGCAGUUUUCAAAGGAUUCUACGAUCCGAAAUCAGGUAAGUUUGCAAACGCGUCUAUCAAUGAGAAAGUAUCCACUGAUUUGGCUCUUCGCAAGGGUUUGCUUGAUCCUCAAUCAACAAUCGUAAGUGUUAAUGGCAAGAUUUUGCCAUUCGAGUUAGCUGUUGAAACUGGAAUAGUUGAUGCCAAGCGCGGAACUGUUACGGGGCCCGAGGGAGUAAAGAUAGAUUUUCGUGAAGCAUUUGAUAGAGGCAUUUUAGUAGAAGUGCGUAAACCAAUUGCUUUAAUAGAGGCUAUUCUUAAGGGAAUUUAUCAAGAAAACAGCGGCAGAUUUUUAGAUCCUCAGACAGGUAAACAUGUAACGUUAAAUGAAGCAUUAGCAUCGAAACUAAUAGACUCGAACUCCAUAAACGUAAAGAUGUCGAAUACAAAGCCAUGGGAAUUAGUUUCGUUACAGAAAGCAAUUGUUUUAGGUAUUAUAGACGGCGAAAAUGGUACCGUAUUAGUAGAUAAUAAGCCUAUUAGUAUUAGGGAAGCGUUUGAAUCUGGUAUACUGACUGACACCAAAAAUCCUAUUUCAAUACAACGUGCAAUUCAUCAGGGCAUUUAUGACGAUAAAACAGGCAAAAUAACUGACGCCGACAAUGAUCGCAAACUUACGAUUCAUGAGUCUAUCAGAAAGUUCAUUAUAAAUCCGGAUCUUCCUUGCGUUUGGGAUGACAAAAAUAAAUCUUUAUUAACGUUAUCAGAAUCGUUUAGAUCCAAUUUUAUUAAUAAAAGAAGCGGCAUGUUCACGCCUAGAAAUUCAGAUUCAAAACUUCCUUUGAGUGAAGCUAUGUCAUUAGGUUUUAUUGUAGAUAUCGAAAGUGCUGGUUUUGAAUUGUACGAUGCAGUCCGUAUGGGCUUCUACGAUCCUGAAACAGGUAAUUUUGUUCACCCCGUCAAUCAUCAUCGUUUACCGCUUAAGGAAGCCAUUUCAGAAGACUUAGUAAAUCCAUUCAAUUCUUUAGUCAAACAUAUACAAAGCGGUAAAUAUUCAGACUUGAACGAAGCUAUAUCUAAUAAAAUUGUAGAUGAUUUGAAGGGUGUAUAUCGGUUACCAAACGGAAAGAACAUAAAUUUGAAGGAAGCUUUAGAUAAGGGCUUAAUCGUGACUAGUAAAAAGAAUAUAUCAUUAGAAGAAGCUAUUCGUAAUGGUUUGUAUAGACCGGACACUGGUAAAUUUAUUCAUCCCACUUCAGGUGAAUAUUUCGAUUUAACAAAUGCUUUGGCAAACGGUCUAAUAAACCCUAAUACCACAGUUUUCAAAGAUCCUAUUACUAGUCAAUUACGUUCAUUAACAGACGCUAUUGAUAACGGAAAUAUAGAUAUUCUUAAAGGUAGAGUAUUAGAUCCUAAAUCUAAGCGAGCUUACAAUUACGAUGUAGCCUUAGAGAAAGGCAUUUUGGUUACUUUAGAUACUCCGAUUUCUGAGCCUAUUGCCAAAAAGUCCAUAGAUUCAUUACAAAGCUCGAAAGCUCCCCGUAUUUUGACCUUAGAAGAAUCAAUCAAAUUCGAAUUAAUCGAUCCACAAAUGGCUGUAGUUAAAGAUCCUCAAACUGGCUUGUUUAUAACUCUCCAACAAGCUAUUGAAAAUGGAAUUAUUAAUCUUGCUCACCAAGCAACAUUCGAAUCGCCUUUGGGCGUAGUUAGAACAUUGUGCGUGCAGUUUGAUCAAGUAAUUGUCUAUCUAAAAUGCCCUGUAACAUUUGACGAAGCCGUUGAUAAUAAACAAUUAGAUUUAGAGACAGGGAAAUUUAAAUCCGAUCCAUCAACCGAUCAAGUCAUUGGUUUAAAAGAAGCUGUAAGUCUUGGUAACAUAGACGCCGAUUCAGCACUGAUAAAAGAUGGAGCUAAGAAAAAACUUAUUCGUUUGCCAGAAGCAUUUAGAAAAGGUAUCAUGGAUAGUGAAAAGUCCAAUGUAUUAGAUACAAAAACUUCAAAAUUGUUACCACUGCAAACGGCUGUGGAGACUGGUUUGUUGACUACUCCUAAACAGGGACUUUCUUUGAUCGAAGCACUUCAAUUUUCUUUAUAUAAUCCUACUACUGGAGAAUUUAAUGAUCCAUUUAUAACGACCAACGCUAUUAAUAGAAAGAGAUUGACAUUAGCAAAUGCUAUAACGACUGGAUUAGUAGAUCCAUCUAGCACAGUUGUGAAGAAUCCAGCAGACGGCAGUAUUGUACCAUUAGUUACUGCAUUACAUGAUAAUUUAGUAGAUGGAAAUUCUGGUAGAAUACGAGAUACAGUAAAUAACCAACAUAUUGACUUGUCCAAAGCAUUAGAGCGCGGUCUCAUACUACCUGCAGAAGCUCGGCAAGCAGUAGAAGAAAAAUUCCGCCUGUGCGAAGAUACUUUGGGACAACUAUUGAAAUGGAUUGCAACUGUUGAAAAACGUCUUGCUAAUGUCGGUGGUGCCAAGGAAGUCCUUGAUGAACUGAGAAAUCAAUUAAAUUCUUUAAAACAAAUCAAAGAGGAGUUAGACUCUCAAGCCAGGCCAGUAUCAUCAUGCCUAGAUUCGGUCCGUCAGUUGAUGUUGACUGGUGGAGACGUGUUGUCUGCCUCUGAAGUUUCUGGAUUAGAAAGCUCUGGACGUGAACUCAGAACCAGAGUCGAUCGUGCUAAUGAAAAGACUUCUAAGCUUAUCAGAAAAAUAACAACAACCUGUGACCAAUUGACCAAACUAAAAACGGAAUUCAAUACGUUCUCAGAAUGGUUGGACAGUGCCAGACGCGAAUUAGAAGAUCGAGAAAGGGCAAUAUCUGAUUUAAGCAGAUUAUCUCACCAGGCUGAGCCUUUGAAAGAAUUUGUUUCUGAUGUAAUCUCUCAUCAAGCUGAUUUGAGAUUUAUAACAAUGGCAGCACAAAAAUUCGUUGAAGAAACAAAUGAAUAUCUGAAUAUCCUGAAUGAUUUCCGUACAUCCUUGCCUGAGCGUCUGCAUCACAUAGAACCAACAUCCCCCAACAACAGCCCAGUAAGACAGGAAGUAAAUGUUCUUUCCGUACAAUAUCGUGACUUGCUCAAUCGCUCUAAUGCACUCUCUGACCGCUUGUCUGGCGUGGGUAUGUAUCAACGCGAUCACCAGGAUAACCUGGAUAAAGCAAAGGCCUGGCUGAAGGAUGCUUCUGGCAGAUGCAAUAAAGUUUUAUCAGAACCGGUUGCUGCAGAGCCUGGUGCAGUGCAAGAUCAAUUAGAUAAGGCUAAAGCUCUCAAUAAUGAGUUUGUGUCACAAGGAAGAUUGAUUGAUAAUGUUCAACAGAGUUUGCAAUCUUUGCUGAAGUCACUCGAUGGUCAAAUCAGUCCAAUGGAAGUAUCUAAUCUGGAAGUACCAGUCUUAGAAAUUGUUGAUAAAUAUAAUCAGCUUUGCGACGCUUUGGGCAAUAGAGUACGCGAACUAGAUACUGCUUUAGUUCAGUCUCAAGGAUUGCAAGACGCUUUGGAUGGUGUUGUUUCUUGGUUGACAACAGCAGAAAAUGACUUCAAAUUACAACAAAAGCCUGCCAGUUUAAUUAGAGAACGUUUAAGUGAACAAAUCCGCGAACAUCGCACUUUACAAUCUGAUAUUAAUUCACAUAGAAGUUCUAUCGAAAGUAUGGCUAACUCGAUGAGUGAUCUUGUCAACUCUUCAAGUAAUGCUCGUAUUGCCAAGAAAAUUGAGAGUAAACUUAAUGAUGCUUUGAACAGAUAUGAAAAAAUGUGUGACAAAGUAGCCAAACGUGGAGAAUUUUUGGAAGAUGUUUCCCAAUCUUUGAAUAAUUUCAAUGAUCUUGCAUCAUCUUUGGAAAAUGUUCUAAAAGAAAUCAAUGAAGUUUUGGAGAGUAGAGAAAUCUCUCGUAUGCCGGAUGAGGAAUAUGCUGCUAAGAUCAAUAAGAUAAAUGAGAAACUAAACUCCAAACGUAAUGACUUUGAUGAUUGUUUGAAGAUUGGUAAAGAUCUUAUUUCUCAAAGGGAUGUCACAGAUACCGCCGCAGUCAGAGAUCGAAUGAAGGCUUUAGAAAAUCAAUGGAGAGAAUUAACAGUAUCUUUAGAUGAGAAACAUAAUUUAGUAAAACAACGUGCUGAGAAAUUGAUGGCAUAUGAUAGUUUAUGUAAUCAAGUUAAAACUUGGUUAGCCAAUAUGGAAAGAAAAGUCAAUGGUCUAUCGCCUGUUGCUGUUGAUUUAGAUGUGAUCAAAUCACAAACUGAAGAACUGAAACCGAUCAUGAAGGAGUAUAAAGAUUAUGCUUCCACCAUCGAUAAGGUCAAUGAACAAGGAGAACAAUAUAACAAUUUAUUACGCGGCGAUGGUGCAGAGAGUCCAUACAGGAAAAAAGGUGCUUACAGCCCAUCAAAACGUACUAGUCCAAUGAGGCAAACUCCAAGUCCUACCAAACUUAUGGCAAUCAGUUCAACCUCACCAUUAUCUCAGUCAAGUGGAUUUAGCAGCAGGAGGUCUUCACAAGAUUUCCAUAUGGAAGAACAAUCAUCAGUUCAGCAGCAAAUCAGUGAAAUAAACAACAGAUACAAUCUUUUGGGUGUUCGUCUAACAGAUAGGUCAUCAGAUCUUGACAGCACCAGAGAUGAUUUGCGUAAGUUGUAUGACAAUAUUAGAACAUUGAACAGUUUCUUGGAGAAGGUCCAGAGACAGAUUCCUAGAGACUCAGUCACUACUAAAGAAGAUGCUGAUAAAUGCACCAGACAAUCUCGGCAAAUCAUUGAAGAGAUGUAUGAAAAACAGAGUUUGCUUGAUUCUACUAAAUCUCAAGGAAAGGAAUUAUUGCGUCGUAAACCUGAUAGCGUCGGUUCUAGUCAAGUCAAAAAUGAUAUUGAUGCUGUAUCAGAUAAAUGGAAGACACUUCAUGAUCUAUUAAAGGGAAGAAUUGCUUUCUCGGAACAAUUGCGUGAUUUCCUAGACAAUCAUGAUAGUUUAUCAAAAUGGUUAGUAAGCAAGGAAAAUAUGUUGAUCGUCUUAGGUCCAAUUUCAUCUGAUCCAAGAAUGGUGCAAAGUCAAGUUCAGCAAGUACAAGUUUUAAGGGAUGAGUUCAGAUCACAGGAACCUCAAUUAGAUCACUUGAAAAAUGUUGGCAAUGUUGUUAUUGAUCAUUUAGAAUCUAACCGCGAUCCUCAAGCCAAGAAUAUUAGUACAAAACUGAAAUCAAUUGAAGGAAAAUGGGCUGAUUUGCUGGGAAGAUUAGAAGAACGUGCAAACAGUUUAGGAGUGGCAGCCGACAGCUCUCGUGAAUUUGAUAAUGGCUUAUCACGUUUGAGAGAUGCUUUGCAAGGAAUAUCCGAUAAUUUGGAUGAACUACCAAUUGAUAAAGAUCCACAGGAAAUUUUGAGAAAGGUCGAAAAUUUGGAGAGACAGUUGGAGGGACAAAGACCAUUAUUGGCUGAUGCAGAAGCCAGAGGAACACAACUUUGCGCUGUUUUAGGAGAUCCUACUUCGAGAGCAGAUGUUAAAGCACGUGUUGGAGCUCUUGGCAAACAGUAUCAAAACUUGCAAAAGAAACUAGAUAAUCGCAAAGCGGAAACUGAAGCUGCCUUACGUGAUGGAAGAAACUUUUCGGCCGCUUGUGCUAGAACAUUGGGAUGGCUUAGUGACGAAUUAUCAGGCUUAAGUGAUCGAUUCUUAAUAUCAGCUAAUAAACCUACACUCACUCAUCAGCUAGAAAAUAUAGAACCAUUGUACCGCGAUAUUACAACCAGAGAGCAUGAAAUUAUUAUGUUAUUAAAUAAAGGGCAAGAUUUAGCAGGAAAACCUGGAGUUGAUAAGAGCCUUCAAAGAGAUCUUGAUAAAAUAUCUCAGCAAUGGGAUAAAUUGAAGCGUGAUGUGACAGACAGACACACCAGACUUCAAACAGCCAUGGAACUUUGCCGCAAACAUCAUUCAACUCUUCAACCGUUUGGAGAAUGGUUGCAAUCUGCUGAGCAUAGACUUGCACAGUUGCAACCACAAGCAAUGAACAAAAAGCAAUUAGAUCAACAACUAUCUGAUCUACAAGCAUUUAGAAAUGAUGUAUGGAAACGAUCUGGAGAAUAUGAAAGCUGCAGGUCUGUCGGUGAAGCUUUUCUGUCUGCAUGUGAUGUCGACAAAGAAGGACCAAAGGAGGAUCUGAAGGAUUUGAAGGAACGCUGGGAUAAAUUGAAUAAUGAUUUGUUGGCAAAGACCCAAUCUUUGGAAGGGUACUCUCGUAGCCUAGGGUCUUUCUAUGAUAGCGUGCGAGACUUGACACAUGCAGUAUCGCGAUGUGAAGAUAGAUUAAAUGCUCAUGAUUCAUUGGGAGCUGCAUCGAGAGAUCCAAAAUUAUUUGAACGUAUCAAGCAAUUAAGAACUGAUGCUGAACAACUGUAUAAACCACUACAAGAAUUGAGAAAUCUUGCAGAUAAGAUAAUAGAUGAAGCUCAUGGUACUGGUAUGGAUACGGACCAAAUUAGAAGUGAAGUUGAUACCUUAGCAGAUAGAAUUGAAGAAUUGCAAGGAAGACUGGGUGACCGCUGCAAUGUUUUGCAAACUGCUACGACCGCAGUUAUGGAAUUUAAUGAUCAAGUGAAGAAUCUUGCAGUAGAUUUGACCGGUCUCGAACAAGCCAUUGAGCUCCUGCCUCCACCAGCAAGAGAAGUGCCAGUUGUAGAAAAACAAAUCAAGCAUGUUGGUGGUAUCUUAGACAAGAUUGAUCAUGCAGUUGAUCGCGUCAACGAAGUCGAACAUUCAGCAGAAAAUCUUGUUGAAUCUGGUUUCUCACCAGAUUCUGUUCAAACUUUAGAACAAGUAUCAGGGCUAAAGAAACAAUUAAUACGACUAGAAGGCAAAGCCAAGGAUCAUGAGGGUACAUUAAAUGAUACAUUACAGAACUUGGAGUCAUUUUAUCAAGCACAUGACUCCACAAUAAAAGAUAUUCAAGAAGCUGGUGAUCAUUUGAGAAAAUUAAAACCAGUAAGUUCAGAGCUUGCACAAAUCCGAGCCCAACAAGCUGAUUUUGCUCGUUUCCGUACUUCAACAAUUGAACCACUCUCAGCAGUUGUUAAAGAAGUUAAUAAACUUGGACAAGAUCUUGUUCGCACUGCCCAAACCGGGGUCAACACAACAGUACUUGAGAGAGAUCUUGAGAAGUUGAAUGAUAGAUGGAAUGAUCUAAAUGAAAAGAUGAAUGAAAGAGAUCGUCGUUUAGAUGUCGGUUUAUUACAAUCUGGUAAAUUCCAAGAAGCAUUAGAUGGAUUAGCUAAAUGGUUAACAGAUACUGAAGAGAUGGUUGCUAAUCAAAAACCACCAAGUGCGGACUAUCAAGUCGUCAAGGCCCAACUUCAAGAACAAAAGUUCUUGAAAAAAAUGCUUCUCGAUCGGCAAAAUUCAAUGAGUUCGUUAUGCAAUUUGGGCCGCGAAGUGGGCGCUGGUUGUGACCCACAGGAAAGGAAUAGAAUCGAAAAACAAUUGCAUGAUCUUAUGCAUAGAUUUGAUAGGCUCACAGAUAAUGCAGAGAGAAGAACUCAAGACCUUGAAAAAGCCAUGAUGGUUGCGAAACAAUUCCAAGACAAAUUAAAUCCAUUGUUGAGAUGGUUAGAUGAUUCUGAAAAGACCAUUAAGGUUAUGGAAUUGAUACCUACUGAUGAAGAGAAGAUUCAAGAGCGCAUCAGAGAACAUAAUGUUCUCCAUAACGAAAUUUUGUCCAAGAAACCUCACUUCUCAGAACUCACCGACAUUGCGACAAAUCUAAUUUCUUUAGUAGGAGAAGAUGAAGGUGGAGAUUUAGCCGACAGAUUGCAAGAUGCAACAGAUAGAUAUGGACAAGUAGUUAACAGUUCCGAAUUGCUCGGCGAUCUGUUGGCUCAGUCUAAGGAAGGAUUGAGGCAUCUUGUAUUGACUUAUCAAGAUCUUGUUGCCUGGAUGGAAAGAAUGGACAUGAGAUUAAAUAAAUGUAAAGUUGUUCCAGUUCAUACUGAAAGACUUCUUGAACAAAUGAAUGAUCUAGUUGAACUAACGGAAGAAAUUGCGUCACACCAACCGGAAAUAGACAGCACGGUUGAUUCUGGUUUAGAACUAAUGAAACAUAUCUCCAAUGAAGAAGCCCUUCAACUCAAAGAUAAACUAGAUUCUCUCCAACGCCGUUAUUCCGAUCUUACAUCUCGCGGUGCCGAUCUUCUGAAAUAUGCUCAAGAAGCAUUACCAAUUGUCGAACAAUUCCAUGACGCUCAUAACCGACUCAUCGACUGGAUAACAGCAGCAGAAGGCGUGCUUAGCGGAACUGGAGAACCAAAAGAAUCAGCCAUGACUCGUCUAGAACAAGAAAUCGUAGAAAUGAGACAUGUUCUAGAAGCUGUUAACUUAUUUGGACCCCAACUGUGCCAAAUGUCACCAGGUGAGGGUGCUGCGACUGUUGAGAAUAUCGUGUCUCGGGAUAACCGAAGAUUCGAGGCAGUUGUGGAGCAAAUUCAAAGAAAAGCUGAAAGGCUUCAAUUGUCGAAACAGCGCACUAUGGAAGUUCUCGGUGAUAUGGACGAAUUAUUAGAAUGGUUCAGGGAAAUGGAAGGAACAUUACGUGAUUCAGAUGCACCAUCCGGCGAUCCGAACGUAAUUCGCGUCCAACUUAAAGAACAACGAGCUCUGAAUGACGAUAUUUCAAGCCAAAAAGGACGUGUUCGUGAUGUUAUUGCUGCUGCCAAGAAGGUUGUACGAGAAUCUCAACCACACUCAGAUACUUCACUGAUUCGUGACAAGCUUGAAGACUUGAGGGAAACAACUGAAACAGUAACUGGAUUAUCUUCUAACAGAUUAUCCAUACUCGAACAAGCAUUAUCUUUGGCUGAACAUUUCACGGAUACUCAUCUCGGUUUAGUGUCUUGGUUAGAUGAUAUUGAACACCAAAUCAACAUGUUGGCAAUGCCAGCUUUGAGGCCUGAUCAAAUUGCAGUCCAACAAGAUAAGAAUGAGAUGCUGUUGCAAUCUAUAUCAGAACAUAAACCAUUGUUGGAUAAAUUGAACAAGACUGGUGAAGCUUUGAUCAAUCUGGUUAAUGAAGAUGAUGGAGCCAGAGUACAAGAUAUUAUGGAAACCGACAAUGCAAGGUAUAAUGCAUUGAAAUUAGAACUCAGACAGCGACAACAAGCAUUGGAACAAGCUUUACAAGAAUCUAGUCAAUUCUCUGAUAAACUCGAAGGAAUGUUGCGCGCUCUUGCGGGAACAUCUGACCAGGUGAAUUCAGCAGAACCCAUUUCAGCCCAUCCUCCAAAAAUAGAAGACCAAAUAGCUGAAAACAAUGGCCUUGCCGGUGAUAUUGAAGCUCGAGGAGAAGCAUAUGCUGCAGUUAAGAAAGCUGCCAGUGAAGUCAUUUCCAAAGCUCCAAAUCAACAUGAUCCAGCUGUCCGUGAUAUCAAGAAUAAACUUGAUAAGCUCAAUAAAUUAUGGGCUGAUGUGCAAAAGGCUACAAGCUCUCGAAGCCGUGACCUGUCCGCCACCCUCGGCGUCGCCGAACGCUUCUGGCGUCAACUGCAAGGUGUGAUGGGAACAUUGGGCGAACUCCGUGAAGCUUUGGCCUCUCAGGAAUUACCUGCUGCCGAACCGCAAGCUAUUCAAUUACAGCAAGUCGCCUUACAGGAAAUUAGGCAGGAGAUUGACCAGACCAAGCCAGAAGUAGAACAAGUGAGGAAGACUGGUAACGAUUUGAUGAAUUUGUGUGGCGAACCGGACAAACCAGAAGUUAAGAAGAACUUGGAAGAUUUGGAUAAUGUCUGGGAUAAUAUCACGGCCUUGUAUGCCAGACGCGAAGAGAAUCUCAUUGAUGCUAUGGAGAAGGCUAUGGAAUUCCAUGAAACAUUGCAGAAUCUCCUUGAAUUCAUGAAGCAAGCUGAGCAAAGAUUUGCAAACCUCGGAGUCAUCGGUUCCGAUAUCGAAGGAGUUAAGAAACAAAUCAAACAACUCAAAGACUUUAAGGAUGAUGUUGAUCCUUACAUGGUGAAAGUUGAAUCUUUGAACAGGCAAGCUGUGGAAUUAACAGAGAGAACUUCCUCGGAACAAGCUGCAGCAAUCCGUGAACCUUUAACAUCAGUAAAUAGACGUUGGGAAGCUCUAUUGAGGGCUAUGGUAGAUAGACAAAGGCAGCUCGAGCACGCUUUGCUGCAUCUUGGACAAUUCCAGCAUGCUCUCAGUGAAUUACUUGUCUGGAUACAGAAGACUGAUACCACGUUGGAUCAAUUGAAACCGGUUGCGGGAGACGCACAAGUUUUAGAAGUAGAACUUGCUAAAUUGAAAGUUUUGUGCAAUGAUAUUCAGGCACAUCAAAGUUCAGUUGAUACGUUGAAUGAUGCUGGCCGUCAACUUAUUGAAUCAGAAAGAGGUUCUGAUGAAGCAUCUACUACUCAAGAAAAGCUUACAAUGCUGAAUAAGCAAUGGAGAGAUUUACUGCAAAAGGCAACAAACAGGCAGCAUGAGCUGGAAGAAGCAUUGCGAGAAGCACAAAGAUUUUCGGCAGAGGUACAAGAUAUGCUCGGCUGGUUGGGUGAUGUGGAUGGCUUAUUGGGAGCAUCCAGACCCGUUGGCGGAUUGCCAGAAACAGCCAGCGAGCAGCUUGAACGAUUCAUGGAGAUUUACCGAGAAUUAGACGACAACAGGCCAAAAGUUGAAGCUCUAUUGCAACAAGGUAAUGAUUACCUUAAAAAACAACCAAAUGUUGCUGGAUCAAAUCUUCAGCAUACGCUUAGAGCUUUGAAACAACGAUGGGACGCAGUGAACGCAAGGGCUUCUGAUAAGAAAAUCAAACUGGAAAUUGCACUUAAAGAAGCCACGGAGUUCCACGAUUCUCUUCAAGCAUUUGUAGACUGGUUGACAAAUGCUGAGAAAACGCUAUCUCAAGCAAAGGCCGUUUCGAGAGUUAUGGAAACUGUUUUAAGCCAGAUAGAAGAACACAAAGUAUUCCAAAAAGAAGUGUCCAUACAUAGAGAAGCAAUGUUGUUGUUAGAUAAGAAAGGAACUCAUCUGAAAUAUUUCAGCCAGAAACAAGACGUGAUAUUAAUCAAGAAUUUAUUGGUUUCCGUACAACAUCGUUGGGAAAGAGUCGUAGCUCGGUCGGCUGAGAGAACUCGUGCUUUGGAUCACGGAUAUAAAGAGGCUAAAGAAUUCCAUGACUCUUGGAUGUCACUCAUGGAAUGGCUGGAAGAUACUGAGAAGUCUCUGGACCAGCUUUCCGAGGAAGACGAUGGCGCACAACGCACUGACCCACAACGAAUCAGACAGCGUCUCACGAAACACAGAGAGACUCAGAAAUUAUUGUCUACUAAACAAUCUCAAUAUGAUACCACCAUGCGUUGUGGCAAAGCCUUGGUUGAACGUGCUUCUAGGUCUGAUGAACCAACUCUUACUGGAAUGCUAACCAGACUCAAAGAGUCAUGGGCUCGCGUGUGCUCGAAGAGCGUUGACAGACAACGCAAAUUAGAAGAAGCUCUAUUAUUCAGUGGCCAAUUCUCUGAAGCUUUAUCCGCUUUACUGGAAUGGCUGAAGAAAACGCACAGCAAGCUUUCAGAUCAAGGACCAGUACAUGGAGAUCUGGAUACAGUCACUGCCUUAGUAGAACAACACAAGUCAUUGCAAGCUGAUUUGCAAUCACGUUCAGAACAGUUGAAGAGUGUUAUAAAAACUGGACAGGAAAUACAAGCAUCUGGUGCUGAUCCUGAUACAACCAAACAUCUGAAAGAGCUUCAGCAACUGUGGGAUUCUGUUACCACAUUGAGCAAACGUAAAGCUGAACGACUGGAAGAAGCUUUGAAAGAGGCUGAGAAGUUACAUAAGUCAGUCAAUGUCCUUUUGGAAUGGCUGUCCGAUGCGGAAACAAAAUUGCGUUUCGCAUCAGCCGCGCCUGAAGAUGAAGAACAAGCCCAAAGACAACUUCAUGAACACGAGAUAUUUAUGAGAGAACUUAGAGAAAAAGAAGCAAGCAAAGAUUACACUUUGGAAUUGGCACACACAAUCCUCAAUAAGGCUCAUCCUGAUGCAGUAACGGUCAUCAAACACUGGAUCACCAUAAUUCAAAGUCGAUGGGAUGAGGUAUCAUCCUGGGCCCUGCAACGAGAAGCCAAACUCUCUGGUCAUUUGCAAAGUUUGAAGGAUUUGGAUGAAUCUCUGGAGGAGCUUUUGCGAUGGUUGGCUGGAUUGGAAUCCACACUCACAACUCUCGAAGCAGAACCAUUGCCUGAUGAUUUACAAAUCUUGGAAGGUCUUAUUAGUGAUCACAAUGAUUUCAUGGAGAACACUGCCAGAAGACAGCCAGAAGUAGACAGAGCUUGCAAACCUAAAGCUCAACCUAAAGAUCAUAGAAAGAUGACCAAAACUAGAACAUCUACACCUAUCAAGAGUUCACGGCACGAUUUGAGGGAAACCUCACCAGAUCCCACUGGUGGUUCAUUGGGUCGUAGACAAAGUUUCAAAGGAUCCCGAGAACAGGGUCUUGCUUACAAGACGAGUCGGUUGAGUCCUGGUCGUGAUGCCAACAAGGAACGAUCGCUACCGCACUACGGACCGAGGUUCCCGCCUCAAGGAAGCAAAUUGGCUGAUUCCGAAUUGCGUUCGCCUCGUGCACGUCUUCUGUGGGACGCCUGGCGUCGCGUGUGGCUGAUGGCGUGGGAACGUCAACGCCGUCUGCACGAUCACCAGGCCUACUUGAGAGACAUGGAACGCGUCAGGAACUUCUCUUGGGAUGAAUGGAGGAAGAGGUUCUUGAAGUUCAUGAACCACAAGAAAUCACGCUUGACAGACCUCUUCCGAAAAAUGGACAAGGACAACAACGGACUCAUUCCCAGGGAUGAUUUCAUUGAUGGCAUUAUGAAAACGAAAUUCGAUACUUCUCAUCUUGAAAUGAAUGCUGUAGCCGACCUUUUCGAUCGCAACAGCAGUGGUCUGAUCGAUUGGCAGGAAUUCAUCGCUGCUCUUAGACCAGAUUGGCAAGAACGCCGCCCAGAAACUAUUGAUGAUAAGAUCCACGAUGAAGUCAAGAGAUUGGUUAUGCUUUGUACAUGUCGACAGAAAUUCCGUGUGUUCCAAGUUGGCGAAGGAAAAUAUAGGUUUGGAGACUCUCAGAAACUACGCCUAGUCAGAAUUUUACGUAGCACUGUGAUGGUGCGCGUUGGUGGUGGAUGGGUUGCAUUAGAAGAGUUCUUGCUCAAGAAUGAUCCGUGCAGAGCCGAAGAAUUGAUGGGUGAACUGAUGCCCUUGUUCGAGCAGUUGCGAGCCAGGCAACAGGUGCCUUGCGCCUAUCCCCUGCACAUGGGAGCAGGCGGAUCGGCUUUCAUCAGGCCGUACAAUUACAGUACGACGUCUGCACAAUCUCCUUACUCGCUGAACACGGUACGGGAACGUUCACAAAGAAGUGUAGCCAUGGGUAAAACCAGGAAGUCUUCUCUAUCAGCUGGAACACCAGACAGUUUGUCCGAUAAUGAAGGAUCGUUAUCCAACAGCUUGAGCUAUGGAGGCUCUCGUUACACACCAAGACGAACAACUACAACUUCUGGGAUCAGAUCAACAACUUUGACACCAGGAGGUUCCCGUGGCGGAUCUAAACCAAAUUCACGUCCAGUUAGUCGUGCAGGUUCCAAACCACCAUCCCGUCACGGAUCCGAUUUAUCACUUGAUAGCACUGAUGGAACACCAUCGCGUAUACCAAUGCGCAGGAAAAUAAGUGACACCACCACAACACCUAGACCAUCCAGAUUAUCUGUAGGAAUGGAAGCAAGUACCAGGUUGUCUACCAGCAGACCUCGUACACCCAGCGGCAGCGGACUGAACACACCCACAAUGUCGAGAUCUGGUGGAAUGAGUCGUGCUUCAAGUAUACCGACGUUAACAGCUUCCAUGAACAGCCAAUCUAGGAUUCCUGUUCCAGUACGACAUCAUAGCACGUCUGAUCCUCCGGGACGUAACGCCAGCGGAAGCACAACACCAACUUCGUCCCUCAGAAGGGGCGAAACGACCCCAGGGGGCAGCCAGCGCAAUGUUUCCCUUUUCGAAACGACCGUCACGACAACCAGGAGUUCCGGUCAGACGCCAUCCUCCGGAACCACGAACGGCCGCAGGAGACCCAUUCCAAUGGAUCAGAGAGCCCCCUUCAGAUAGAUUAGUCAACCAUACAUUCGCUCUAGCCUUAUAAGUAAAUAUAAACACAGCUUGAAAAGCUGACUUGAAUUCAAAGCUUUAUCUCUAAACUUGAAAAUCGAAAAAAAUUGCAAUUAAUAAUAAGUCAGUAUUUUUUAACUUAUUUGUGUAUUAUUAUUAUGCAGUCAAACUGAUAUUUUAUGUAUCGAUUGAUACAUAGCAAAAUUAAUUUUAUGUUUUUAAUAAUAUAAUUUAUAUUGUCAUAUUAUUUUUAAGCGCUACUUAAACUUCGUACUGUCAUAAGGAGUAAUGUCUAAAUUUAAUUUAAAAAAAGACGAAAGGGACCAUUUGUUUAUUGUCUGAAGCUUAUUUAUGAAUGACAUUUAAUAUUGCAGCAAAUGAUCUGUUUAUUUUAAGAGUAUAUGAUUAAUAGAAUUAUAACAAAUUUUGUUUUUGUUUUGAAGAAGUUAAUUCUUGCCAGUUAAUAUUGAUUUUGCUAGAAUAUGUUAAGUUUUUAUUUGUCCCACAUGACCGUUUACUUAUUUUAAUUAUACAA